CUCGCCACGUCACCGCGGCCCUGGAAGCGCCCUGAGGCUUGGACCGCAAGGCUAGCGAGAGCAUGCGCAAGCGGCGUUUCCCGGGCAACGCUCUGUGGGGGGCAGAUGGGCGGGCACCUAGCAGUGGGGCGGCAAGGGGCGGUGGGUUCCAGCUUUUCCACGUCUGACAGCCCGCGGUGCGACCGAGGAGACCAUCUUGCCCACGAUAGUGGAUCCACCACCCAGAUGCCGAGAUGUUUCAUGGAACAAUCACAAAAGAGCUUACCAGCCAUGAGGAAUGGAGUCACUAUAAUGAGAAUAUAAUAGAAGAUCAGAAGGACUUUGUGUUUGUGAAGUACAUUGGCCUUCAUCUGAAGUCUAUGGAGAGCCUGCAGACCUGCAUCUCUCUGAGAGUGUGCAUCUUCUCUAACAACUUCGUCACUGACAUCCAGCCUCUGCAGAACUGCAAAAAGCUCAUCAAACUUGAUCUUCAUGGAAACCAGAUAAAGACUCUUCCAGAUAGAAAAUUUUGGAGUGGACUCAAGAACCUAAAACUCCUCUAUCUUCAUGACAAUGGAUUUGCCAAACUGAAGAACAUCUGUGUAUUGUCUGGUUGUGCGAGCCUCAUAGGGCUGACCAUGUUUGACUGCCCCGUGAGCCUGAAGAAAGGCUACAGGCAUGUUCUUGUCAACAGCAUCUGGCCUCUGAGAGCGCUGGACUACCAUGUGAUAUCCGACGAGGAAAUCAUUCAGAAUUGGCAUCUUCCAGAGAGAUUUAAAACAUUCAGCCGCAGUCUAUUCUUUAACCUGUACCCAGCACUGAUAAAGAAAGAGAGUAUCCAACAACACAGCUGGGCUGCACACCUCAGAGGCGUUGAGCCAUUUUCAACACAGCACUGUACAAGCCACUCUCAGAUACAGCAAGGCACCAGUUCAUACCAAUACUUUUCUGAGAGGAAGAUUACUAAGGGUACCACCUAUGAAGAUGAAAUAAAAAAUAUCAAACAUAUAAUUUCAAGGAUUAAUGAAAUUCUGGCUCAUAAUUCACCAGUGUUGAUUAUCCAGAGAUGGAUACGUGGUUUCAUAGUCAGGAAACACUUAAGCCCCUAUUUCACACGUAAGAAGCACCACCACAGCAAAGUGAUCAGGGUACUUGAAACAAAGUUGAUCUGCAUAGGCAGAAGUGAUGAAGACAAAUUCCUGGAGGAUAUCUUCCUUAUCAAGCCUGAAUCUAACAUAAAAGGGAAGGUGUCACACUGGAAGCAAAUGAGAUAUUCUACUGCUGACUUUAAAUAUUCUACUGAGUACAGAAAACACAUUUCCUCUCUUUCAUAUGAAUUGAAAACAAAAUAUAUUGAUGGAAAAUCAAAACAACCAAGACAUCACAUUCAGAAAGGUCAGAAGGAAAGGAAAGCUGAAUCUGAGGAUGAGGAAGUGGACAUCAAGUUUAGGAUAUCUGCGAUGAAAAUGCCUCUAUAUUCCUCCAGAUCAUUUAAGUACGGGGAAAUGCUGAAAGAGAUGAAAUGGGACUAUUUCCCGGAAUAUCUCCAGCCAUUUCCUGCCACUCGUCAGAGGCCACCAGUUAAAAGAGAGACUCAGCGGGAGCUAAAGGAAAGGAGAGAGUUUCUAGCCACGCAGAGGGCUGGCAUGAAGCUCCAAAUGUUUAAUGAUAUUGAUAAAUAUUACUCAAGACAAAAGCAGCAAGAGGAAGAAGCAGGAAAAUUUACAGCCACAGUUGCAGCACAAGAUGCCGAGGAAAGAACUAGGCUCAACAUUAGAGAAAAUUUAAGUAAGAAAAUUUUUAUGGCAAGAAAACUAAUGGAAAAGGAUAAUGAGACAAUUCAGAAAGGCUUACAGCGAAUUUGGAAGGAGAGACUCACUUACUUGGAAAAAGUUAGAGAGCGGAAAUCUAUGUUUCUAGCUGAAAAAAAACUAAAUGCUGCAGACCAGUCUUUAGUCCUUUCCCUCAACAAUGAGAGGUCCAUUCUGCUCAAAGGAAUCGUUCAAGUGGACAGACUGAAGCAAAAGUUGUCUGAAAUAAAAGCAAAGCACUUAGAUGUUAUUGAAAAGUGGGAAAAACAAAAACAUAGGCAGAAUUUGUUGAUGGAAAUGAAGAAACUAAGGGCGAAAGAAAUCCAUAAAAGGCACUGUGAAGAGAAAUUUGUUAUUGAUACACUCAUCUUACAAAAAGGCUGUGAAAGACUUGAGGAGGCUAAAGCAAAAGUUGAAUUUAUUAAGACAUAUUAUACCUCUAAGCCUCACAAAAAGAAUACUAAUGCAGCAAUGCUAGAUCAUAUCUGAUGAUAGCUGUGAAUUGUGAUCACUAUUUUCACUUAACAGAUCUUGAGAUCAUACUUGGAAGCCAUGCUCUACACAAGACAGAGCUGGGGAUAGCCAUGUUCAGGAUUAGAGAUAAGAUCUCCCCAAGUGCUUCUGAUACUUACUACAAUGCAAAUCCUGUUGACUUCGUACUCAUGAAUGGUCACUAUGUAUCUAUGCACCCAAGAGGAGAUCAAAGCUGUAUGACUCCUUCAUGCUAAACUCCUCUAAAGAGUGCAGAUUUUCAUCGCUCUAACAAUGACAAGUUGUAAAGCUACUUUCAAUAUUCUUUGGUAAUUUUUUACCUUAUUGCCAACAUUUACUAAAAUAUAUGCAGUAAAACUUUAAUUACCAAAUUUCAUAUAUUGAAAUAUAUUUCCUGUUUAUCUUAUUAAAAUAAUUUUUAAUUUUUUUAAGUUUUCAAAAUAAAAGUUUCACCAAUGUAUCAACUACUUAUAUUAAUAAAAAUUAAAAGACAUAUUAUGGAAAUUGAACAUGCUACCAUCAUCCUUGAAGACAAACCUGUGUUUAGUUUUGGUGUGUUUGUGCUUUUAGCAGAGAUAUGAGCAUGGGGAAGAGAAAAAAGAAUCAAAAGGAAAAUGUAUAAAAGUAUAUUACAAUAAUCACAGACUAUACAGAAAUGGCACUAAGUGUUUCACACUGGUGGUAGAAAAUUUGAAAAAUAGGAAACAUUGAAAAUGUAAAAAUCUCUUGUUUAAUAACCUUUCAUCAUCCAGGACAAUAAACUCAAUGAUGUCAUUGUGACAUCAUUGGGUAGGGUACUGUUCAAAUCUCUCUCUAAUUUUUACCAACUAUAGUCACAGGCAUUAAUUGUAGUAAUAUUUCAGGUGCUCUCUGGUUUUAUAAGUCUAUUACUUUAUAAAAAUGAAGUGUAUUACAAAUGCAAUUCUUCAUGUGUGCUUCAAUGCUGGACAAUUAUCAAACGUGAGUAUUACUUUCAAAAAAUGCUAGUGAUUUAUUUAAGUCCACAGAAUGAGUUCCACUGUCCUGCUAAUUAGCAGAUGAGUAACAUGCAAUUCAUUUGGUAUUUUAAUCAUUCUGUAGAGUUGAUACAGAAAGCCACACAGAGCAGUCUUCCAUAGCAAAUGAAUAAAUGAGCAAAUGUCUGUUACUCUUGUUUUCUAUUCACUUUUGAAAGUUAUAUGCCUGUGUUAUAUAUUUAACAAAAUAGUAAUCUUUAUCAGUUAGUGUUAUUUUAAGAUAUAGAUGUGGCAUGAAACCUGUAUCAAACAGCAUGGUAUUUUGACAAAGUGAGCAUUUCCUGAAUGUCAGUCCAUAGAAGUGGGAGUGAGUAUGCUUUUCCAUUCACAGAAGCUUUUGUUAAGUCUGUAGGCACUAUUUGAUAAAUGCUCAUUCAUGUGAUGGAUUAAGAACAAUUUAUUCAUUUUGGUAUUGACAUUGACUAUAUAUUUUUCUCUUCUCCCAUUCUAUAUCUUAGAGUUCUUAAUCUCAUAACAUACACCCAAUAAAUUCUUGACCAGUUCUAUUCAACUCUGAGCUAACAGGGAAAGAACAUUCUACUCUCUAGGCCUCAAGUGCUUCAUACUAAAGUGGAUAAAUCACACACACACACACACACACACACACACACACACCACAGAAUGCUUUUUCUGUAUGUAUGUGGUGUCAUUAUGUGCUGUCUUAAGUUGGUAUCAUUAUUCCUCACUGUUCACAACUUGAAGAGUCUCAAAUCUGUGUCCUAUGUCAUAUCUCUAGUACUAAUGUCUCUGAUAUUUACAAAGUAUAAGCAUGAUGUCCUUCAUUUAAGGCCUGAAAACAUUUUAAAGUACAUAUUAAAAUUAAAGUUCUUUGUGUUUCACAUCUUCCUCCCUCCAACACUCUGAGCCUCCAGUACUUCCCAGCAUCAUACAUAUGCUUCACGAAACCCAGGACCCACACAGGAGGAGGGAACUGAGUCCUGAAUGCUGAGCUAUGACUUCCAUAUGGGUGCCAUGUCUUAGUCACACACACACACACACACACACACACACUAACACAUACGUGUGCACACGUGAAAUAUUGUAAAAAUAUUGGUAACUGUCUUAAAAGAAUAAAUCUCAAAGUUGUGUUAGUUUGCAUGUUUGCAUUUUCUGGAAGCCUAAAGAUGUUUAACAGUUUUUGAAAGUUUUUCUCAGCCAUUUGAGUUUUUUCUUUUGAGAACUCAUAGUUUUAUGUACCAUUUUAAACUUGGAUUAUUUACUUCCUUGAUGUGCAGCUUUUUUUUCAGUUGUUUAUAUAUUUUAGAUAUUAACACUCUUUCAGAUAUGUACAUAAUUGUAUAAUUCAGAUGUAUAUGCAGUUUGUAUAUAACUGUAUAUGUAAUUGUAUAUAAUUGUAUACUUGUAUAAUUAUACAUUUUGUAUGCUAUCACUUUGCAAAAAAUGUUGGUGUGGUUUGAUU